AUGGCCUCUAAAAAUCCGGGACUAUUUUUAUGUAUCGUCGCAGCUCUUCCAUUACUUAUCUCUGCAGCCACAGACUACAAUGAGGCGGAUGCAAAGACCUACUUGAAUUUUGCCGCCGCAGCCUACGGCGAUUCGCCGUUACCCUGCAUUCAAAACGUCCUCCCUUCCAAGAAUCAAUGGCAAAUCGUGUCGCAGAAAACGACAGUUUGCGAUGCGUUGACUCAACUAUGCUCCGGGUACAUUGUCAAAUCCGAUGUGCUCAGGCAGAUUAUCGUCGUUUUUAGAGGAACCAAAACCGAUGUGCAGCUAAUCCUGGAGGGCUGGUCGACGCUGAAGCCGCAGCAAGAAUAUUAUGGCAUGGGAUUGGUGAAUUCGUAUUUUGCGAAAGCCAGCGAUCUACUGUUCGAUCCGGUCUAUCAGGCGUUGGCUGAUCCGCAGUGGAAAAGCUACAACGUCGUGUUCACCGGCCAUUCACUUGGUGCCGCGCUGGCGACGUUGGCGGCAGCAAGGACUGCGGCUCAAGGCCUCCGCACCAGCCAGCAAAUCAAAAUGUAUACCUUUGGCGAGCCGAGGGUCGGGAAUGUCCAGUUUGCCGCGUCGUUCAACAACUUGGUCCCGGAGGCGUUCCGCGUCAUCUUCCGCAGCGACAUCGUCCCGCAUUUGCCCGGCUGUAAUAAGGAUUAUAUCAAUGGGACUGAUGAUGACGACAGCCAGCCCUGUAACCCACGAAAUUUGAUGCGCGGCUAUCAUCAUCAGAUGGAAAUUUGGUAUCCCGAUUGCAUGACGCCGGGCUGUCAAUACAAAAUCUGCGCCGGAACGCCGACCGGCGAAGAUUUUGCGUGCUCGGAUCAGCUGAAAUUCGAUAUGAACAAUGUGUCGCUGUAUAUCUGGGAUCAUCGCCAUUACUUUGAUCUAAAAGUGACCACCUACGGGCAAAUCGGAUGCAACGCCAGCGACCCAUUGGUGCACGACCCACAGCCCGAAAAGAGCAGCUUUAUCCAAAGAUUGCUCUUUGGUGUCGGCGAGGUGGCCUCGAAGUUCGGCAUUGGUGUAUCUAAGAAA